CCGCGUGGUCUCCGCAGCUCCCGUGAGUGCCUCCGUGCCUCUUGGACGACUUACUCACAGCUGCAGUACCUCUAGCGACUUCUAGCACACCGUAUACGCCUCGUCAAGUGGGUCUGGCCUCUUCUUUGCGGUUACCACAGUGGCUUGAACGUCGCUCAUCGUGGAUGAGCUCUUCAUUCGUGGAAAACCUCAUUGAUUGGGGAGAUUUGGAUGAAAUCAAAACAACUUCAUCUGCCACUUUGGAGAAGACCGUUGCUGGAGCUUGUUUUUUAAAACCGUCCAUUCUGAAGGCAUCUCAAAAGGACAAUUUAUUUCCGUCCAAACCCAAUAAGACAAAAAUGGGCAAUGAAGAAAGUAGUCCGCAAAGUGAGGUCACGUUUCAGACACCUCGACGCGACCCUGUCACCAAGAAGCCGCUGUCUCCAGCGGAAGGCGUGUGGGGAGGAGGCCUCCCCGUUGCCGCGCGCGAGGAGGAGACCCCUUCGUCCCCACUACAGCUCGUAGAGUCCAGCCCUGCGCCGCCGCCGCUGCUGCUGCUGGGGGCAGGGGGAGACCUUGCUGCGGUGCAAAGCACAGGAGCCGGUGUCGUUGCUGAUGGUGACACCAUUAGCAGCGAUCCACUUCUUCACAUUUCCACUGCACUAAAAGAACCUCUCAAUAUGGAGUGCAUAACCUCUCAUAACAUAGGCGUUUCUGAGCUCGAAUCUCAAGAAGUAUUGGCUUCCGAUUGUCACUUGAAAAUACAAAAUAGUAAUUUUCCUCCUAACAAAGGAGAAAUAGUUGAAAAUCUCUGCUUUGGAGAUGGGAGUGAUACUUUGGAACCAAAUGAUGUGCAAGGAAAUGAAACGUAUUCACUAGCUAUUACCACAUCACAUGAACAACGUAUUGAAAACAGUACAUCAGAAUCGGUGACUGUAGAACAGCUUAAUACUCCAUGUACAAGUUGUGCAGACGAUACGCUUACAACAGUAGGUGCCGAUGACCAAGAGAGCCACGAUGUGGGAUCUGCCACCUGUGCUGAAUUUAUUUUCAAUCCUGGCUCGGGCGACUGCCAAGAGAACACCAGUAAAUUAUCACUUGAUGAGGAUUCUGACACCGAGUUGUUUUGUACAUUUGCGACCGAUGCACAUGAUGAAAAUGAUUCGGGUGAAAUUGAGGACACAAAUGAGAGUUACAAUGCUGCACAUUCAGAUCUUUCUGACAAGUCGGCUUACAACACAAUUGAAGAAGAAUGUAGCCUUGAGAAUGACGUUACUCGUGACCCUCAAGAGGACAUUGAGCGUCUCAGUGUUGUCCAUGCAGAUCGUUCCGACACGUGUGCCGAAAGCAUAGACGACGCUCCGCUUGAAGGAAACUGCCGUAUUAAUGAUUUUGUCGGUCAACCUCAAAGUGGCAUUGAUAGUGAAGUUGAAGAUAAUGCAGAAAUUGAACCGCCUGGAGAGUUGGGCAGAGAUGCAGCUCGUCAUCCUGAAACAAAUAAAGUUAUAACGGAAGUGAAGGAUUCGGGUAACCAACUUGACGUACUACAAGCUGAAUUAAAGUUCAACUCUGACUUGUCCUGGCAAACAACGAGUAUCCCUCUGUCAUCGAAUUUGAACGACCAUGGGGAAGAGUGCAUUACCCCGCGUUUGGAAACAGGAGACUCGAGUGAACUUCGUCACGGAGCCCCCAUCAUAAAUGAAGAAGUCUGGCUCUCUGAUGCCGUUCAGGACGAACCUGCAUCUCACGGAGAUGUGGUUGCUAUUGGAACAGCCUGCACCCUUUUUCAAGAUGAUGUUAAUUCUUUGGUUGAAACCGGUCCCCAUGGUGAUGCAAAUCAUUUGCUUCAUGACGUCGAUUACUUGAUUGAGGAAACAGCAAAUGGAAAGGAGAUUUACAAGGCAAAUGAGAAUGGCACGAUUGAAACACAGCAGCAAGAAGAGCGAAUUGAAACCUCGAGCAGCGUGAGUGAAGAGAGCGUGCUGCUGCUGCACCCUGAGAGCAGCGCGAGUGAAGAGAGCGUGCUGCUGCUGCACCCUGAGAGCAGCGCGAGUGAAGAGAGCGUGCUGCUGCUGCAGCCUGAGAGCAGAGCGAGUGAAGAGAGCGUGCUGCUGCUGCACCCUGAGAGCAGAGCGAGUGAAGAGAGCGUGCUGCUGCUGCAGCCUGAGAGCAGAGCGAGUGAAGAGAGCGUGCUGCUGCUGCACCCUGAGAGCAGAGCGAGUGAAGAGAGCGUGCUGCUGCUGCACCCUGAGGGCAGCGCGAGUGAAGAGAGCGUGCUGCUGCUGCAGCCUGAGAGCAGAGCGAGUGAAGAGAGCGUGCUGCUGCUGCACCCUGAGAGCAGAGCGAGUGAAGAGAGCGUGCUGCUGCUGCACCCUGAGAGCAGCGCGAGUGAAGAGAGCGUGCUGCUGCUGCACCCUGAGGGCAGCGCGAGUGAAGAUAGCGUGCUGCUGCUGCACCCUGAGAGCAGAGCGAGUGAAGAGAGCGUGCUGCUGCUGCACCCUGAGGGCAGCGCGAGUGAAGAGAGCGUGCUGCUGCUGCACCCUGAGAGCAGCGACUCGCUCGCUGAUCCACAACAUCGGAUUGCAGAUGUCAGUGAAGAAAUGCCAUCGUGCUCUGACAGAGCCCCAGAAGACCAAAGUCCGAUGUCUUCCUUAACCAUUUCCAGCAUCCACAGUGUGGUGGUCCCUCUGAGCCUGGAGAGUGAGCCGUGCACCACCACCGGUACGGCGGGUGAUGAGGCUCCGGAGCAGCUGCAGACCGGCCUGGACAAUCCCUCACAACAUCUCUCUUCAUUUGACAGGAGCUCCGAUUCGGAAGGCGCAUUUGAAACCCCAGAACAAACAACACCAGUCCACGCCGCACAUGUUCAGCAGGACGCACUCGACGUUGAGGCAGAGUUUGCACAACUCAACUUGGGAAACCCCACUGAUUUGUUUCCCGAGUGUUUUGCGACCUCGUUAGAAGCGUCUGCGAGUGCGCAGCUCCCCCAGGAGGCUCCACAGGAGACUGAUGUGGACACCCCGAGCGGAGCGCCUGUCGAAGCAGACGUUGCCAUUCCCCUUGAAGACCCCCUGGCAGCUCCCACCAGCCCGAAACUCUUUGACGAGAACGAGCCCAUCGCCAGUAAAGGAGCCUACGCCCUUGACUUCGAAAACCUUUGCAGCAAUGUCCUUCUUGAGGGGGUAUCCCAGGUGGAAAGGGAGUGUGGCCAGGCACUGAACCGACUGCUGGAGACUUCUUUGACCGGAGAGAAAAACCCCGCCCCAGAUGUUGAUACUUUUGUGCAACAACCUCAUGCACUGGUACUGAAGGCAAGUCCUCGGACAAAGAAGACAAAAACGCAAGCUGAUAAAACAGCCAUCAUUGAUGCUUCUGCAAAACAGGAGGUUGCACUGGAAACUCGUACAGACACUGCUGAAAAUGAACCAGGGAAGUUGUCAUUGAAUGGCAAUUUCCCAAAUGUGGAAAAUUCUUCAGUUGCAAAUCCUUUGUGUAGUUCCUCUAGUGCAGAAUAUGUUGGUUCUGUACAUGAGAACAACAUGAUGACAUCAGAGGUAACUAUUCCUGCAAUUCCCUUGGAGGAAAAGAGCACCGCGUUUGUCUUGGACCACUUACCGCAUCAGCCAGCCACAGUUAACAUUGAUAGUCCUUCAAGUGCUGGAGGACAACAUUUUGAUGCAGACAUCGUUGGUGCUGUCCCUGCAGAAACCAACCUACCGCAGUCUCCACAGCUUCCACAAGCUUCUUACACAUUCGAUCCCUACAGCUACGAUGAUUCUGUCAACCCAUUUCAAAUUGGAGGAUCCAAAUUACAGAAUUCUCCUCCUUUUGACCGCAAGCAAGCUUCCGUUGCAGCCUUUGCUGAACCAGAAGCACAGGUAGUUACCUCUCAACCAGAGAAAGGGGCUGUUAAGCUUGAGUUUGACUUCUCGGACAACAAAGAGAAUGCAAAUGACCCUGAAAAGAAGCACACGCCACCUAAACGGUUGGGUAGAAAACCAGGAGCAAAGGGGUUGCCUAAGAAGAAGGCCACGCUCAAGAAACCAGCAGUGGUGCACGAUGUUCCACCUGUUGCCGAGGCUGCAGUAGCUGCAGAUGCUGAGGGAAUUUUAUUGCCUAAAAGUUCCUACGAAUUGGACUUCUCCAAACUCGAUGACCCCAACUUUAAUCCAUUUGGUGGAGGGCCAAAGAUGCAGAAUUCGCCCAAGCUGCCUCGUACAUCCUAUACUUUCGAUGCGGACAACAUUGAAAGUGUGAACCCGUUCAAAUCCUCCAUGAAGAUGUGUUGUUCCCCACCUAAACCCACUGGCUUUGAGAUCCCACCUGAUAUGGGGACCUCUGUGGAAGCCGAAGACUCCACCGCGCCUGUUGCACCUGGGAAGUCUCCGCUGAAAAAGAAGAAGCAGCCAGUAAAAACGGGUACCUUUAAGGUGAAGAAAUCUCCAAAAAACUCUCCUGAAGAAAUUCCUCAAGAUGACCUUCCCCUGGACGACGUCCCGGUGGACAUCCACGCGUCGGGCCGUGCCACCGACGAGGAGAAGCUGGCCUCCUCGGCGGCUGCGGCCAGUCACAAGAUGGCGCAGGGCUCGCAGCCUCUCCCGGAGCCGGCAUUCUCCGAGGCCGCAGACCUCGAGGCGUUGAUCGGUGAUGACGAGUUCCGGUCGGCUGCAGAAGUUCCAGGGUUUGACCAGCCUAUAGACUAUCUUGAAAAUUUUGGAUCCACAUCAUCUUUUCAGGAAUCUGCUCUAAGGAAGCAAUCUCUCUACCUGAAGUUCGAUCCCUUGCUCCGAGACAGCCCAGUGAAGAGCAUCUGCCAGCGACCGGAAGCUUUGGAACCGUCGGCGGCGCUGGCCCAGCACGCGGGGGGGGUGGCGGCCGCCCUGGAGGCCGAGCUGGCCAAGCGCAAGGGCGUGGCGGAGCUCCUCGCCGUCUCCCCGCUCAAGACGGACACGCUGGUGAACAUAUCUACUUGGGAAAGUGCAACUACGGAGGAGUUGCUUCCAGAAAUCGCAGAGAAAAACCCAGCCGCCUUUGCACUGAGGCUUCAGGAGAAGUUACAGCUGGCUGCGGUGCAGCUGGAGGCCUUUCAUUUAGACAGCCAUCAACGGACCCUCUCCCCAAACAUCCCCCUAGAGUGGCAGGUGGACAUUCCGCCAGUCCCUGAAGUCCCUGCCCACAAGGGCCCGGUGUACACCCCACCGGUGGGCAUGCUCGAUCAGAAUGCCAUCGUGAGCCUGCUGCGGUACACGCAGACGGACCUGGACGGCGCUUUGCAGCGGGCCCGCGAAGAGAUUUUGACGAAAAACUGUGAGAUCGCAGAAUGGAAGAGGACGUGCGAUGACGACAAACGGGAGGUCACAGAAAUGAGGAAAAUUGUGGCAGAAUACGAGAAGACCAUUGCCCAAAUGAUUGAGGAAAGCCAGAUGGAAAAGGCCAUGAUGGAGAGGAAAAUUCAGCAGGAGAUGGCUGAGAAGGAACAGUAUUUGGCCGACUCCAGCUCCAUGGAGAAGUCCUUUUCAGAACUCUUCCGCCGAUACGAGAAGAUGAAGGAGGUGUUGGAGGGUUAUCAGAAGAAUGAGGAGGUACUGAAGAAGUGUGCGCAGGAUGCCCUGACGCGCGUGAAAAAGGAAGACCAGCGCUACCAAGCCCUCAAAGCCCAUGCAGAGGAGAAACUGGACAAGGCUAAUGAGGAGAUCAGUCAGGUGCGGAACAAAGCCAAGGCGGAGACCGCGGCGCUGCAGGCCUCUCUGCGCAAGGAGCAGAUGAAGGUGGACUCCUUGGAGCGCUCUCUGGAGCAGAAGACCAAGGAGAUUGAAGAAUUGACCAAGAUCUGUGAUGAACUCAUCUCCAAGAUGGGGAAAAGCUGAGUUACCGUUUGAUUUGAGAUUUGGAGUUUUCGUUUUUUCACAUGAAAUUUAAUUUGUAUUGUAGACAUUGACUCGAUAGGUCCAAAGACAAACAUAAUAUGAUCAUGCCUCAUGAUCGCGCAAAGAACAACUUGUACAGUUUCAACACGUACAGAAUUUGUCACACCUCAAGAACAGAAGGAUACGCUUUUGAAUGCCUCACUCCGUCCGUAGUGCCGGUUCGUGCGUGUUAUUCUUGUUGUGCCGCUCCCAGCCCACACGUUGCCUCCCCUCCCUCUCUCUCUUGUCCCCUGGGAAGCACAGCAGCAUCCACACUUUCACUUCUCGCUCCAAGCACUGCAUGGUUUAAACAUCUUUGAAUCUUUCAAAUGAUUUUCCGUGUUAUGGGUUUGAAUAUUUGUACAAAUUUUUUUGAUUUUUUCGUAUCUAAUAAGACUGAUUCGCAUGAAGAUGUCUACACAAACGUUAACAGUGCCGUUUUAAAUGGCACAUGCACUAGCCAAGGUAAAGUAACAAUAGCUGGUUGCCGUUUACGUUUUGUAACUAGCUUUUAUACAAGAUUAAUGGUCGUAGAUUGAAUGAAUACAUGUUAGUUGGUAUUUCAUUUAGUUUAGCGUUUAUUUUUUUUGUGGAAAAUGUCUGCGGUAAUAUUUAGCUUUUUGUGAAUCCACACUGGCAUCUUUGCCUUAAGCCGGGCUGCGAGCCCUGUGGGUGGAUGUGUUGGUGAAGUAGGGCGUGCCACCGUUGACAUAUUGUUUUACUCUGUAUUACUAAUGCAUGCAUCUCGCAUCAUAAUAAAAAGUGUUUUGAACUUC